AUGCCAGCCCGCCGGGCGAGCUGUGAAGACGCGAAAAAAAUGAUGUGCGCAGCCGGCCCGCGCCAUGGCCGCUACUUGACUGCCGCUGCGCUGUUCCGCGGUCGCAUGUCCACGAAGGAGGUGGAUGAACAAAUGCUGAAUUUUCAGAACAAGAAUUCGUCAUACUUCGUCCAGUGGAUCCCGAACAACAUCAAGGCGUCCGUGUGCGACAUUCCCCCCGAGGGCCUGAAGAUGGCGGUGGCCUUCGCAGGCAAUUCCACCGCGACCCAGGAAAUGUUUAAGCGAGUUGCUGAAUAUUUCGCGGCCAUGUUUCGUCGCAAGGCGUUCUUGCACUGGUACACAGGAGAGGGGAUGGACGAGAUGGAGUUUACCGAGGCCGAGAGCAACAUGAACGAUUUGGUGUUUGAAUAUCAGCAGUACCAGGAUGCCACAGUUGAGGAGGAGGGUGGGUUCGACGAAGAGGAGGACGGCGAGCAGUAA